CUUGACACGGCGGCAACAUGAGUGCCUGGGAAGCGCCGGCGGUUGCCGCUGCAGAGCCUUCGCGCUGCCUCUGCUGGCCCUUGGUGGAUUAAUCGCUGCUCUGAGCCCUGGACUGGGGCGGGGGUGUUUUUUUGCGUUUUCCCUUCUCCUUCUCCCUCUCCCUCGUAUGUGUGAGUGCGCGUUCAUAUGGGAAAAUUAAAAGGAGCAAAGCGACCAGCCGAAGAGGGAGUUUUGGUGGCGAGGGCCCCCCACGCAAGAGCGACUCGCGCCUUCCCCAUCCCGUCCCCAGCAGCCUCCCGCACCUGCCCAGGAAGCAGGCACUCAGCGGCAAGACCCCCGAGGCUCCCGGCAGAUUUUAAUAUCGGCUGGUCCUGGCCAAGCACAACAGGUCCUGAUGGGGGAUUCAGGAUCAAGACGUUCAAUGAUUGUGUCCCGCUUGCCAAUAUUCCGGAGAAGUAUUAGUCGAAGACAUGAUUCCCUUCCAUCAUCGCCAACUUCCAACAAUACCAUUGGUGUUCACAGCUCUUCUCCCUCCAGCACGAAUUCUAGCUCAGGUAGCACAGGCAAACGCAGAAGCCUCUUCCGGACACCUUCCAUUAGCUUCCACCACAAAAAGGGGAGUGAACAGAAAGCUGAAACUCCAAACCAAAAUAUGGGCAUUUUGAAUGGGGCUCAGUCCAGUACUUUGCAAAAGCUCAAUUUGGAGGAGCAUGUGAAAAACAGAGGGAGGCACUCAGUAGGUUUUGGAAGCUCUCGAAGCAAAAAGAUCACAAGGUCUUUGACUGAAGACUUUGAAAAGGGCAAGGAACCUUCGACCAAUAAGAAUGUCUUCAUAAACUGCAUAAAGUCUGGGAAAAAUGAGGGUGAUGACUCUGGCUUUACAGAGGAGCAAAGCCGGUUCUCGGUUAAACAUUCGUCAAGGAAACUUCUGCCCAAAUCCUUCUCGACACACUCUAGGUUUUCAAAGCCAGUCCCUCAAAGCCAGUCAGUUUCCUGUGUGCCACCCUCUUCUUGCAUGUUGGAUAUUAAACCCAAUGUCGAAAGUGAACCUGUGUUGGUUAAACCCAGUGUUGAAAGUGAACCUGUGUCUCCUUCAUGCUCUGCAGAGAUCAUAGAAUGUGCAGGGAGCUCUUUACAGUCGCCAAUGCUUUCUGCUGACCUGACCAUGGUACAGACUCCUUCUGAGUUUUUAGCAUUGACUGAAGAUUCCAUCUCAGAAGUUGAUGGGCUGCCCAGCUGUGGAAAUGUACAUGUGGAAACCUUUUCCCACAAUGUUGCUACCUCUCAAAAUUUCCCGAAUCCUGCUGCUCCUCCUCCUCCUCCUCUUCUUUCAAGGAAAACAGAUAAUGUAGAAAGUAUUUCUCAUUGUGCGGUUAUAUCUCCUGAAAGUCACAGGGCUAGAAACCGACAGCUCAGUGAAGCUAGUGCCAUAUCUGAAACCCUUGAUUCUCAUAGAAACCAUGCAAAAGUAUUACUGCAAGAACUUCCUGACAAAUGGACCAGCCACCUGGAAGAAGCAAAUUCAGGAGCUGAAGCACAAUUAAAACCUUUUGUCUUAAACCAGGUUGAAGUAGCUGAACAUUCUGCAAAAGCACAGGGAUCACAUAGGGCCCAACAAGAAAUAAAAGCACCUGAACACAUUAAAGAAACUGUCCUAGGAACGGAGCCCAAGCUCAUCCCUUUGUCUUCUGAACUCCAGUCCUUUCAAACGCAGCAGGGAUGUGAAAUAAACCACACAAAGGUAACUCUUGCCAGCAGUUUUAGCCCAUGUCGAGAAGGGAGAUUUGUAGAAAAACGUUUGAGAUCCUCAUCAGAAGGUACUGCUGGAAGUAGCCGGAUGAUCUUAAAACCAAAGGAUGGAAAUGCAGAAGAAAUGAACAGCUUGCGGAAACAAAGAACGGGUUCUUCAUCGUCUAAAAUGAACAGCAUGGAUGUUUUGAAUAACUUGGGCUCCUGCGACCUGGAUGAGGAUGACCUCAUGCUUGACUUGGAAUUCCUAGAAGAGCAGCAGCACCGGCAUUCUGUGUGCCGGGAAGACUCACACCAAUCUAUAGUCUCUUGCGCUGCUGUGCUACUCACUCCCAUCGAACCAGCCAUUGAAGGGAAGAAGAAGGAGCAGCCAAAAAUGCCUGAAGUGACCAAACAGUAUGAACAGAGCAUCAUCCCAGUGAGCAAUCAUUGCACAGCCGGUGAUUCUGCUAAACUGGAAGGAUGUUCCAAAUUCGACUUUAACCUGGUGUGGGAAGACAAGAAUUUAUGCAGCUCAGCGUCUCCUAGCAAAAAUCUACCUGCUUGGCCGGCUUUUAAAAGAAGCCACCUAUCUGACCUACUUCGCUAUUUCAUGAAUUCUGCAAGGAUAGAAGCACUGGGUAAACUCACCCUUCUGUCUGUUUGUACAGCACCUACUGACAAUCAUGAGUAGAGAUAGUUGAGAAAUUCAUUUCAGUGAAUUAUCAGGAUUUACCCAGCUUGUACCACUCAGACUGAACACCAGCUGAAAUGUAAUCUGCAGUCAAGGUGUGUAAUGUUCUGAGUUUUCAGUGUGCACACGCUGGCCCCAAAAUUGUUCAAUAGCAUGCGUACAUUUGGAAGAAUGUGUAUUAAAAAUGCACACUCCUUUACAGGAAGGAUGAUGUUUCUUGAAUCUGGGAGGAAGCAACAGUAGCGGGAGAACCAGGAAGGAUAAAAAAAUCUCUCUCUCUCUCACUCUGACUGUUCUGCCAGUUCUGCUAACCAUCACUGCCUCUGAGAUAGUUCUUGUUAUGAUCUGCUUACAGAUCCAAUCAAACUGGCACAGCUGGAGGGCUGGGGACAAUGUAAGCUCUGGUCAGCCCUGUUGCUGCUGCCACAUGGUACCAUCAGCAUCACCAAGCGUUCUGGGUCUAAAAUUGAAAAGAGCUGUAUGAGCCACCUUCAGAUCUGAUGACGCUGAGAUCAAUUAUGGUUGAAACAUCAUACAGAAAUAUUGUAAAAUCAAUACAUAGGCAGAAUAAGACCUGCUUUAAAUAGCAGCUGUUGAGGUACCACCAAAAGGCAAUGUUGUUUUAUUUAGUUCGAUGUUUUAGAUGGUUGUCUAUGCACAUUUAUGCAGAAAAAAGUUCUACAUCUCUCAGCUGGGAAGGCUGGGAGUUGCAGGAAUUUUUCUGUCUAAACAAGUAGAGCUCUGUGGGAGCUGCCGUUUGGAUGUUUUGGCUAAGGGUCCAUAAACGCACUUCUUUCUCAUCAGUACUCUAGAGAAAGCCCACACCUUCUCUAGAGGGUAACAAAGAGUUGGGGGUUUUCCUGACAUCCCUCUGAAUUGUGUAAAGGUUCAGAAAACAGCAGUGGAUGUCACAAUGUUUUCCACCCCCUUUUGGGACUCAGUUUUGUGUAGGAACAAAUAUGAAGUCCUUCCAACUUGACAUUAACAAGUAAAUGAAACAAAAGAACCCUAUUUUGUGUAGCCUGACUCCCCACCACAAUUAUCUACCCUGCAGGUCAUUCCAUAUUUCUUUUAAUUCUAAUGGCAUUUGCAAAUGGGUGGAGGCAUUAUUUAGAAAGAGGGUAAACUAGGAACUAGUAACACUUCAAGUCUAGAUUAUAUUUUUGCACACCUGCUACUGAUGUGACAUUUGUGCAGAGCGGAUUUGUUGUUUAAAUUCAUAGAAAUAAAACCAUUUUUAAAAGUCCGCUGACAUUUGGGGCAUGGCAUUCCAAGCCUCUCUGGUGUUGCCAUGGUGAUGGCUCAGCAAACCUCUCUUUUGUAGGCACAUGCUGCAACUUACUGUGAAUGUCCCUUGAGAUGAGUAGGAAGGGCUAAAUAUAUUCAGUUAAUUCAUAAAAAAUAGCACAAAAGCUGGAGACUUUAGAUGGAUUAUAACAGGGGUGUCUUCUAGAAGAGACUAUCAGAAAGGAAGCAAGUUUCUGCUUUUGAAAGGAAAGCUUUUCUAAAGGUUCAAGUGCAAUCCUAUAGAUGGAAAAAAUCUAUACAUUUAGACUGAAAAAAGUCUUACAAUUCCCAGCAUUCUCCAGCCAGCUUUAACAUCAGAAAAUAGUGCCCAAAGUCUGUAAUUCUGUAUGUUACCCUAGAAUAAGCUCUCUUUAACUCAGUGGGAGUUCUUACUCUAUGUAGGACUGAACUCUAAAUGUGAACAAUCACAUUUCUAGGUGAAAGCCCUUCUUGCUUUGCAGGAGGAAGUUCAGGGUAACUGGAGACAGGUAAUGGAGAUUCUCUGGAUGUUGGAGAUUCCAGUUGGGCAAUGUUCUGCUGCUUGAUGCUAGCAGUAUUGCCAAGCCACAGUAACAAAAUGGCAUGCGAUGUAACAGGGUACAAACCCGCUGGGGGCCUGUUUACACUAUAGAUUGUUUUCUCUUUAUUUGGCAUGCUCUGUUGCCAUUACAUUUCCAGGCAUAAUUCAGAGCAAUAGUGAGGAUUCUCCCCUCUGAUAUUUAUAUCACAUAACUUUUAUCCCUGCCUAUCUUCCUCUGGCUAGGAACCAUCAUGGCUUACAAUGCUCUGGUCCUCACAGUGAAGAUAGAUGGUUAGGCUGGGUAGCCCAAAGUCACCCUGUGAGCUUCAUGGCUGAGUAGGGACUAGAUCCAGAAGUCCCAGUCAUCCAACCGCUAUACCACACUGGCUCUCAAUAUGAAUGUUUAGGUUCUUUAGGGGUGCUUCCUAUUUCAAAAGUCCUUUUGACCUGGAGGACCUGGGUACUUCUCACUAGUAGCUCCAGAACUCCCUGAGUGUGGCACCAAGGAGAAGGGGAUGCUGGAAGGGGAAGAAAAAUGGCAACAGCAGCAGCUUCUUUGCUCUGGUAGGAAGCAGGAGACAGCCAGAAAAGCAGGAAAAGGGGAAAAACUAGCAAGUGGAGUGACCCCAACAAGCUUUCUUGCCACGUUCUAUAGAAUUUGCAAAAUUGGUACCACUGGGACCACCACCCCUUUGUGUGUAGGCUGCACUCUUUUGGAUGCUCAAGAGGAAAAAUGGCAGCCUGCCACCAAUUUUGUGUGAUAGACUACUGCAGGAGCCUAGUUAUUUGGUUAAUGGGCAGGCUAGAAAUGUAAUCAAUAAAUAAUAGCUAAUUCUCCCUUGCAAACAAAUGAGAUCAGGCUACCUUUGGCUUUCUUAGUGACUUGAUGCAGAAAAAUUGUGGGGGGGGGAGGGUUGCCCCUUCCCUUCCCACCAUCAAGAAUUUCAGCAACAUGGGUGCUAAGGAGGCAAUGUGAGUUUCAUGGAACCUACAAGUCCCUACAACUGCUGUGGUGGGAAGCCUAUUAUUCCUUUAUCAUAGCACACUAGAAGAAUGACCAUAACAGCCAGUCAUGGCAAGGUUACUGAACGAUAACCCUUCUCCCCUCUGCGGAGAAAUGAACGUGUAAUUCUGUAGACCCUGCCCUUCAUGAGCAGCAUUCGGUUUGACAGAUCAGCCUUUCAAGAUAAAUAUUUUUGGACAGGCUCCAGAAACCUUACAAAGAGUGAUGGAAAUAUUUCACUCACUGUCGUACUUUCCUGAGAUGUAGUGUCUUAACAGCCAACAGAGUAACAAUAGCCGAGUGCAAAUGCUACUUUUGCUGUCACGGUCUUGAGAGGCUGUUAUGAUUCAAGUACUAUAUAGAAAGAGAGUUACAAGCAAUGCAGGGUUAUUUGCUCUGCAUUAUAAUUUCUCCUGCAGCAGCUGAAUUAUAGAUAUCCAGGAGCUCAUGCUUAGUAUAUUGCCUUGUUAAGGCGUAAGAGUUUGGUAAA